UAACACACAUGGAAUUGCCACUCUGUUUGUCUAAUGCGUGAAAGUAAUAGGCGACCAACCGUCGAUAUUCACGGAGGAGUAUUUCUUUAUUUUCAUGAAAUAUAUAGAAAAAGCUGUUGCCAUGACGACAGACGAGGAGAAAGAGCGACAGCAGCAAAAGAAGCCCAGCCAGCAGGAGGCAGAGCAGCAUCAGGCCACGCCCCCUGACCACGGGCCCUCUGAGUCCCAGGCUUCCAGCACUCCCGUCACCUCGCCCCAAAGCCCCGGCUCGCCCUCCUCACCCCAGGAGGAGGUGCAGCUGAGACCCCGCCAGCGCACCUCGGCCGACCGUGGCCUCUCGCGACUCUUCUCCUCUUUCCUGAAGAGGAGGUCUCAGUGCGAGGGGGACGGUGGAGAGAAGGGGGAGAAAGGAGGGGACGGGGGAGAAGCCAAGGCGCCCAUCGCUGACUGUGAGCCGGAGCUCAGGAUCGAGGGGGAUCAGAACCUCGACCUGCACUCAAUCAGCAGCAACGAGGCUCAGCCUGUCCAGGUAGACCAGAAGGAAGGCCCUGAGAAAGACUCGGAGGACGAGGGUGGAGAGAAAGACAAGGAGAAAAGAGAAGAGGACAGUGCCCAGGAGAAGGAGAAACAGGAGGAGGACCCUGAGGGAGAGGGAGAAGGAAGAGUGGGCGAGGAGGGGGAGGGAGAGAAAGGGUUAAAGGAGAAGAUAGCAGAGGAAGACGCUCAACCUCCUAAGCCUCCCCGUCGACCCAGGAUCAUGCAAAUUAAAGUUACACUGCUGGAUGACACUCUGUAUGAGUGUGAGCUGGAUAAACAUGCCAAAGGUGUGGAGCUGUUCACCAAGGUGUGUGACCACCUCAACCUGCUGGAGAGAGACUACUACGGUCUGGCCAUCUGGGAGUCGCCCUCCAUGAAGACCUGGAUGGAUUUCACCAAGGAGAUCCGCAGGCAGGUUCAAGGUGCAAAGUUAGACAAGAUCUGUGCAGACGCACAAUCAUGUACAGGCACCAAUUAUGAUUUCACCUUCAAUGUGAAGUUCUAUCCACCUGACCCAGCCCAGCUUUCUGAAGACAUCACCAGGUACUACCUGUGUCUCCAGCUGCGUAAGGACAUCCUGGGGGGCCGUCUACCCUGCUCCUUUGUCACGCUGGCCCUUCUGGGUUCCUACGCACUGCAGUCCGAGCUGGGGGAGUACGACCCAGAGACACACGCACCAGACUACGCCAAGGACCUGAGGCUGGCCCCGGGACAAACCAAGGGACUGGAGGAGAAAGUCAUGGAGUUGCAUAAGACCUACAGGUCGAUGAGUCCAGCACAGGCAGACAUGGCCUUUCUGGAGAACGCCAAGAAACUAGCCAUGUACGGAGUGGACCUGCACCAGGCCAAGGAUCUAGAUGGAGUGGACAUCAUGCUGGGUGUUUGUUCUGGGGGUUUGAUGGUCUACAAGGACAAGUUGAGGAUCAACCGGUUCCCCUGGCCUAAAGUCCUCAAGGUCUCCUACAAGCGCAGCAGCUUCUUCAUCAAGAUACGCCCCUCAGAGCAGUUGGAGCAUUACGAAAGCGCCAUUGGUUUCAAACUGCCAAACUACAAGGCCUCCAAGAAGCUGUGGAAGGUUUGUGUGGAACAUCACACCUUUUUCAGGUUGACCUCUACUGAGGUGGCUACCACUCCCAGGAAGUUCCUAGUGCUGGGUUCUAAGUUCCGCUAUAGUGGGCGGACCCAGGCCCAGACCCGCCAGGCCAGCUCUAUGAUUGACAGGCCAGCCCCCCUAUUCCAACGCUCGGCCAGCAAGAGGAACUCACGCAGCAUGGACGAAGCCAUGGUGUCCACGCCAGACAAGAGCACUCGUCCUGUCAGUGCUCCCAUCAUGUCCCCCAUCUCUCCCGGGGAUGUCGCACCAUCCCCUGUGACCUCGGGCCUGCCCCGCGGUGAGCGGCGAGAAGCCUCCACCCCCACGGUUCGCAAGUCCCGCUCAGCAGAGAGGAAGACCAAGGAAGAGGCCAAGGUGGAGAGCAAGGUGACAGAGGUCUCCAAGACACAGAGCUCCAGACCACAGUCCACCCCAGAGUUCAAGAGGGAGGGAGCCAGGAGGAGUCGGCAUCAUGCCCCUGCAGUCACCACCACCACCACCAAUGGGACAGAGAGAGAGAGAAAGAGCCAGCAGCAUUCGUCCCGAGAGAGAACCGACACGGAGACGGUGCGAGUGAGGAAGAAAAGAGCUAAGAAACUUGAGGGUGAAACUAUUUAUAUCAGGCAUAGCAAUUUAAUGUUGGAGGACCUGGAUAAGACCCAGGCAGAGAUCAUGCGUCACCACACCAGUAUCAGUGAGCUGAAGAGAAGCUUCAUGGAGUCUGUUCCGGAGCCGCGGCAGAGCGAGUGGGACAAACGCCUGUCCACCCACUCACCCUUCCGCACGGCCAGCAUCAACGGACAGCUGCAGCCCGGCACUGACGGGCGAGGGAAGCGUCCUCUGUUUGAAUACCAGGUCAAAUGACUGAGACAGCAACAGCAGGCCUCCUCGCCCUCCGGGGGACCACCGCUCAGACACCACUAUCUACAGGAGGAAGAAGAUUGUACGUCUGAGGAGGACGAGGCUCGGGGCCGGGGGAACACUCUGAGGGUCUCUAUCGAAAUGCCUGAGGAAGAGCAGGAGGAGGAGGAGGAAGACAGGGUCAUUGGGCCCUCAGCCUGCCAGUUGUACCCAGCCAUGCUCCAGCUCCAACCGUCCCAUGUCUCCUUCUCUCUCCUGUCUGGACUGCUGGUCAUGUUUCUCACUCUGUGUUGGCUAGUGUUUAUCUGACUGGCCAGUUCGGUGGACAGAGAGAGCCCUCUACUGAAAUGAACCACCCAGUGACUGGCCGGUCCGGUGGACAAAGAGAGAGAGCCCUCUACUGAAAUGAACCACCCAGUGACUGGCCGGUCCGGUGGACAGAGAGAGAGAGCCCUCCACUGAAAUGAACCACCCAGUGACUGGCCGGUCCGGUGGACAGAGAGAGAGAGCCCUCCACUGAAAUGAACCACCCAGUGACUGGCCGGUUCGGUGGACAGAGAGAGAGAGCCCUCCACUGAAAUGAACCACCCAGUGACUGGCCGGUUCGGUGGACAGAGAGAGAGAGCCCUCCACUGAAAUGAACCACCCAGUGACUGGCCGGUCCGGUGGACAGAGAGAGAGAGCCCUCCACUGAAAUGAACCACCCAGUCAAGUAGCCUUGUUUAAGGACAGAGACAGAAUUCUCUUCUAUCUUCUAUUCUGUGUUCCGUCAUCUGACUCCAACACACAAAGACAGACAGACAGACAGACACAAAGACACAAAGACAGACAGACACAAACCCCUAUUGAACAUGACACUGAGUGAAUUACCAGGUUAUUUUGCAUUGAGGACAAUGGCGUUGUUGUCCUUGCCAGCACUUUUUUCCAGGAAGUGUUGAGAGCUGUAAAGGAAGUGUUGGCCUAGCGCCCUUGACUUAUAUCUGGACUUCAAGGAUCUUCUACAACUUUUACUUACAAUAUUCCACGAUGAAAAGAAAACAAAAUACAUCCAGUGUUACUAACAAACUUUGUUUGCCACACUGACUCUUCACUACUUGUGUUUAGCCUGUUUGACUACUGUUUAUUUUCUCCCUCCUGUCCACAGAAAUCUUAAACUUACACAUAUGUUGACGUCAUACGAUGCAAAAUGCAUCAUAGCGGCUGUAUUUCUGUAUUUUGAAAGUGAUAUAUCUUGAAAACUUGAUUGCUGACACGCAAAACAUUUUGGGAUUAUAUCAACAAUGGACGAAUGAAACAAAUACCAAAAUAUCGUUUUUGGGUGGAGUUUUCCUUUAAGCCAAAUUUUUCCCUUAAUUCUCAUUUUUCGAGGACUUUUUCUUUCAGUGGAAGUUAGCGUUCGUCCCUCAGUGUUUCAAUCAAUCAGUGUAGUGCGGUGUCUCCUGGACAGCUCUGCUGUAUGGCACAAGAUUAUUUCAAUCUAUGGCCAGCCGUCCCUCCAACCGCCUGUGAGAUCUGUAUUGCUGAUCUUGGAUCAGGUACCGACCUCUUAUUCAUUAUGAUUUUAAAAAAA